CACUCCUGCACUACACGGAUCCCUUUCGCAUACUUACCUUGUUUAUAUAGGAAUUUUUAUUCUCCAACCCUACCUUCUGUAUUUGUACCAUCUCAGACUGCAACUAUGUCAGGGCCCUUUGCGUGGCAAGUUGCAAUAGAUUGGCAUAAAAGUCCAGAACAACAACGGCCGACAGCCGUUGGAUUCCUAGCAUACCAAAAGACACUCUUGAGGAGUACGAGGCAAGCAUUUGUUAAUUUUGGUCCUUUCUCUCUCAUACUUCACUUCAUUGAGAAUAUCUUAUUGCGUGAUUUGGAAAAUGUUUUUGGCACGGGGGCUCACAGUCCUGAUUGUUACUGCCAACUGAUUAUACCCUCCAGGCGCCCAGAACUGUCAACCAAGGUAUAUUUGUACUGCAAUACAUACAACUACGCCCUCGACGUAGUAGUAGUAUCCCCCGAACGCCCCUCUGAACUGCAGCUUGUCAAUAUGUCAACCCCCCCUAGCAGUCGUACAGAAAAGGGACCUUCUGGAGUCGUCCCUUCACUUGGGCGUGUUGUCCGUCUCCCCAGUGAGACCUUCCUGUGUAUGUGGGAUGGUGAUGCACCAGGAAUACACUGCAACGAGCUAUUUUGUGGGUAUGAGCUUCCUGCUCACCUCAGGGACCAUGGCAUUCGAGGUGCAGACAAGUUGCGCUUUUCUUGUCAAUGGGAGUCCUGUGGUACGAAGCUCAAUAGAGAGAGCAUCGUGCGGCACGUGAAAGAAAAGCACCUCAGAAUCAAUUCUGCUUGUGACAUCUGCAACCAGACGUUCACACGCGAAUACAACUUGGCUGCACAUUGCAAGAAGAGCCACCCGGGCAAGCAGUAGUAAAGGUGCCAUCUAUUGGUAGUAGUGAUUCAAGUUAGGGAUGAUGCUUGCUCGUUCAUGUUUUGUAAAAAAAAUCGGGUUUCCACCUUGGGAAAUCUCAAAUAAAUAUACAUAGUGCGAGUCCUCACCACCACAGCUACCACUGGCAGAAGGACCUCAGGAUCUUCUACUCACCGAUUAUCAUAUGGGGUCUGAUCCGUUAUGAGGCUGAAAUCCGAGGUCCAAGUGUAGCACAAAGCCCCGUGACAGCUCACAGACCUCAAAGGUCGAAUUUAGUUAAUUCAUGGUGUACAAUUUCG